AUGGAACCUCACUUCACUCACACUCUCUUUCCAGGCGUUGCUGAGACCAAGACUUCAUAUGUUCUCAUCUCAAAUCAGUUUACCCCUUCUGUCUCACCAUAUCUCAACUUACUCCAAACUUCUAUUUCCUUCGACAUGGAUGACCACCCAGAACACUGGAGGCUCACACUGAUGGGAUGGGACUUCUGGAAGGAUGCAACCCUCUAUGAAGAACAACGCAACCCGGAGUUGAAUAAAGUGCUGGAUCUUAACCUCCACAAACGCUUCCCAUUCAAUCUGGGCCCUGAACAUGGACCCCAUACCAAGGAGGGCGAACUGAUGAUGCAAGGAAGAAACAAAGAUGAGAGCUCAUUGGAAGAAUCGAAAACAUCUUCAACUCCCGGCAUUUUGAAGCAGCGCCGUAAGCUUAGCAUGUCUGACACCAAAGCUGUUUCUGUUUCUGGUCUUCGCCGCCACAAGACCGUGACAGCUGCAACAUCUCGACUCCGAGAACUGGGCCGUCGUGUUCGUUCCCCGUCACCAUCUCGAUCGUUUCCCCCGUGGAGUCCACUCGGCUCUCGACUUAGUACAUUACAGUCAUCACCACUGAAAGGAAAGCUUCCACGGCCACGACAGACGACAAUUGAAGAGAUCGAGGUGCCCGCUUCACCUCCUUGUUUCCUUUCUGUGCCACAAUCCAAUAUCUCGGCGUCCUUGCCCACUUCUCAAUGCCUGACUUCCACUCCCCCGACAGAUCUUGCCAGUUCAGAUGCGGCGGUCUCUUACUAUUCUAACGAGACAGCAACACCAAAAAGACCACUGCCUAACUUUACUGGGGGGUCUAACUGGCUCAUUAUCUCCCGAACCAAGAAAAGCCUUGGUCUUGACAUGUUCUGUCCCUAUGAUGACAGUGAUGAUGACGAUGAUCGCAGCCUUCAUGAGCUGAAGCCUUUAUGUGAGUUCCGUGGCUUGCGAUCGCUCAAGAUUGUUGGGAUGAUGCAGUCAUAUCAAUAUUUUAUCUGGCAGGCUGCGUGGUUGAACUUGGAACUGGAUGAGCUUGAGCUUGAGAUGGUCUUGGAGCCGGAGAUCAAGAACCAGAUCAUCCAGGACAGGUGGAGGGAUAUCAAGACAGGAUGGGCUAUUGAUGGCAAAAUCGAUGGCAGGCCGGUCUAUUAUGGUGAUCGAGGCGAUGGUGAACUGAACCAUAAGAUUGGAUACGGAGAAUAUCUCGACAAGCGAUGCAUUGAAAUGGCCAAAGUUCGGGCUUUGCAAAUGGGGCAGACUAACCACCGCCUGUCGAUUCGGAAACUCACCUUGAGUGGAUUCAUCGUCGAUGCCGAUCCGAUCAUCCAAUGGUUUGAUCCUGAGAAAUUACGCAGUAUCCAUUUCAAGGGGAAAUGUAUUGAUGCUGGGCUCUGGCUACCACUUUCUAUGAAGAAGGUUUCAGUUCGGUUUCCCCACGACAUUGAUCUGCAAGCCGUACCAGCUGGAAUUGUCAGGGUUGAUUUGGACAAAGAUUUGACGGCCCUGGUGAGUGGCAAAAUGAAGACCGAGGAGACUGUGCCAUAA